AUGACCAUGGCAAGAGUGUCGCGCAGCCAUGGAAGGGGCCGUGCUUGGGUUGCUGCCAUUGCCGUGGCUGCGGCUCUCAGCCUCGAACUGCUCAAGGCCUCUGAAGGCUUUGUUCUGGGCCGCCGAGCUGCGCUGGGUGCAGCCUCGCUUCUGCCUAUUCUGUCGACAAAGGUUCCCGCAGCCUGGGCUGAGACAGAAGGCCUCCAGCUGAAAAGCAUCAAAGAACUGGCAGCCGAAUCAAAGAAGCUGGAUGACGCCUUGAGGUCCGGUCGCCCGGUGGUCGUUGACUUCUCCGCUGCAUGGUGUGGUGACUGCAAAGCGAUGGCACCCAAGCUGCAGAAAAUCCGCCAGGAGAUGGCGGGCAAGGAUGUGGAGUUCAUCACUCUAGACGUUUCCUUUGCGGGACCAGGACAGGACAUGCAGUUCAUGUUUCCGUACGACAGGGAUACGGACAAGUGGGCUCGGAGGUUUAAAGUGGACGGCCUUCCCCAUGUAGCUUUGGUGGAUUCUUCGCACAGGGUGCAAACUGCCUUGGUGGGAGACGUCCCUUAUGACAUCAUGCAGGCUGACGUGGAGGCCUUGCGGAAAGGAAAAGAGCUGCCUUACGUCAUGUAUGACGCUUUCAAGAACAGGGCCAGCAAUGAUAUCCUGGCGAACUGA